CUUAAUCCUCUCAUCCUCACACAAGCGAGAAUUCUUACUCAGUUAUUCUUCAAUUUUCAUAUUAACAUUGCAUAAUAAUACCAAAAUCGGGCAGCUUCUUUAUACAGUUGAUGAAUCUUGAUCCCAUAAAUAGCAUCAAAGACGAAGAAAGUGAUGGGAAAUCAUUGUGGGAAAAGGAAACAGGAGAUGACAGCAGUUGGCCCCACUUCGAGGAAGAGGAUUACAUAGUUUUCUGUUUUUCCGAGGAUGGAGAAAUUCAUGCAAUGGAGGAUAGGAAAUCAGAGCCUUCCAAUAAUCUUCCAAGUACAAACAAAAAGUUGAGACAUGUUAGCCGCAAGGGUGAGGAGAGCGGGAGCGGAGAUACGGAUGCAGAAUUGGAAGGAGAUGAAGGGACUAAAGGGACAAUUUGCCCAAGAGAGGAGGAGGGCAUUUUGGAACCUUCUGGAUCAAGUGCCUAUGAUCAUCCCUCAAAUGCUAGUAGAGGUUCCUUUGCCUUUCCAGU